AUGGCACACAAGGAAGAAAGGAAAACAAGUAUGCACCUGGGACGAAUUCAACAGGGGAAAGAUGAAUCACUAAGAAGCUAUGUGAAACGCUUUAACCUAGAGGCCGGACAGAUCCCAGAUUUGCCCGACGGCGUCUCUUUUGAUAAUUUUAUCAGGGGAUUGAAGAAGGGAUCCUUUAAGUUUGACCUAGUCAAGAAAAGUGUGAGGACUAUGGCCGAAGUGCUGGACGAGGCCGAAGCAUUUAUCCAUGCAACAGAAAUAUGCAGCGCGUCAAAAGAGGGAAGGACUGGAGAAGCAACAGAUUCCUCAGGAAAGAAAGACAAAAUGGACCGAAAAGUCCCACGGGUAAAUGGCACUUGGGCUCUCUCAAAAGAGCAUGAUACCAAUUCCCCUGGGCACAAGAGAGAACGUCCACAAGAGAGGGAAUAUUUCGAGUAUAACACAGACCUCCUCACGAUGCUGAAAGACGUCGGAACCAGGUUUGACCUUGAACGACCUUUCCCCAUGAAGUCUUCUGCUGAGAGUCGAGACCCUAAGUUGUAUUGCCAGUUCCAUGAAGACAUAGGGCACGAAACCAAGAACUGCAGAAGCUUGAAGAGGGCCCUAGAUGGCAUAGCCUCCAAAGGACACCUUAAGAACUAUUUACAGAAGAAUGCUCACGGUUUUGGAAAAAACCAGUACAAAAAGAACAAGUCGCCUGCCUCACCUGCGGAGGGACAACACAGUGAAGGGGGGUUUGUAGCCGUCAUAUCUGGGGGACUAGCCGCUGGAGGACCUACCAUGAGAGGGCAGAAAGAUUAUGCUCGCUGCCUGGGGCAGGUAAUGCUGUCAGCAAAGUCACCUCUGGACCCAUUCCCUCGGAUAGAAAUAUGUGAGUCAGAUGGUGGACGAAUAACCACUCCGCAUGAUGAUCCUCUGGUGGUCGAGCUCAAAAUAUCCAAUAUGGGGGUGACGCGCAUCCUAAUAGACACGGGAAGCUUGUCUGACAUAAUGAGCCUGGAAUGCCUCAAUCGUCUAGCACAUGACCCCAAGACCAUGGAUAGUAUACACUAUCCCAUCAUUGGUUUUGGAGGAAGCAUUAUACACCCUGAAGGCGUCAUCACUCUGCCGGUUCGAAUUGGAGAUAGAAAAAAUGGGCGGAAGAUGGAAGUAAACUUCCUAAUUGUUAAGGACUUGACAGCAUACAACGUCAUCCUGGGACGACCCACUCUGAACAAGAUUAAAGCAGUAGUCGUCACUCACUUGAUGCUUUUCAAGUUUGUAUGCGACGAUGGGGCGAUAGGAACCAUACAUGGAGACCAACAGCAAGCAAGAGACUGUUACCUCACCACCCUCAACCCGUCGGCAUGGAAGAAAAAUUCGGCCGAAGCCAGAAGCAAAAGAAAGCACGAAGACGAACUGCCAGCCGCCAAUGAAAGUAAACCAGCCAAAACUGAACCAGUCAAGAUAGAGGAAAGUGGCCGAAAAUAG